AUGAGGCUGCCUCAUGCGGCAGCCCGCCUGCUGCCGCCGCUCCCCACCCGGGUCGCUCUGCUCCGGCGACGCGGGGCCGCCCAGACGCCCGAGCAGCUGGAAAAUAAAACCAAAGGGAAGCUCCAAAAGCAAAUCUGUCAAGUUGUUCUGGACCACUUCGAGAAGCAGUACUCGACAGAGCUGGGAGAUGCAUGGAGCAGCAUCAGAGAGGUACUCACAUACCCAUCGUACUGGCAGCACGCCGUCCUGCUCAACAAAUUCAGCCACACUGCUGACCUGGAGGACAACUUGAAUGCACAGGGAUAUCAUCCUGCCUUCAGAGGAACUUUGCCCUAUCUUCCAAGAUCACUGAAGUGUUAUGUCAGUAGAACUCCUAGGAGGUUCCCUUCACAAAAACACCAGACUGGUAAACUGAAAGAAUAUUAUCUACUCAACGCUGCUUCUGUGUUACCAGUGCUGGCUUUAGAGGUGAAGGAUGGGGAAGAUGUUUUGGAUCUCUGUGCUGCGCCAGGGGGUAAAUCGGUAGUGAUCCUACAGUGUGCCCGUCCAGGUCAGUUUCACUGUAAUGAGUAUGAUGAGUUGAGAUCAAGAUGGUUGAAACAGACAAUGGAAUCCUUCAUCCCAGAUCCUCUGUUUAACUUAAUAACUGUCUCUAACCUAGAUGGUAGACAGAUUGGAGAACUUAAGCCUGAGUUCUAUGACAAGAUACUGGUUGAUGCUCCUUGUUCAAAUGACAGAAGUUGGUUAUUCUCUUCUGAUAUUCAGCAAGCUACACUUAGGUUACUACAAAGGAAUGAGUUACCUGUUCUGCAGUUCCAGCUGCUAAGGUCUGCUAUUAAAGCACUGCGUCCUGGUGGAUCAUUGGUCUACUCUACUUGCACUCUCUCAAAGGAAGAGAACAGCAGUGUAAUAAAUCUCAUUCUGAACUCCUGCAGUAAUGUUAUUCCUGUAAAUAUAAGUGAAAUUGCCAAAGCUGUUUCCCAGGAAUUCACUUUUCACGGUGCUACACAACAGCAUGAACUUCUGGUUCUGCCAGAGAAAGGGAGAGCGUGGGGUCCAAUGUAUGUAGCUAAAUUAAGGAAAAUGUAGUCCGCUUGAUGCCCGUUAGUUUAUUCACCAAUCAACUAAAUUGUAUUUAUUUCUACUAUACUGUGUGUGUUUGAGCACACGCAUGUCCAAGUCAAUUGAAUUUCGAAUUUCGCUGUUUUGUGUAUGGAGCUCCCUAAUAAAAUGAAAAUGAAAUGUAACCUGGUUACCUGAAAAUACAAAAUGUUUUUUAACAUGGGCGUGUGGGCGAAAUCGGAGCCUGGCAGUAUUUUCCAGGUGAUGCUCUUAAAUGGAUUUGUACUCCCGAAUAGAGGCCUGUGUGGUUCUUUUUGUACUGUUUUAAAAUUACUAAUUCUGAUGAAAUAGAGUGUAUUUUUCAAAAAUGGUUUGAAUGGUGCCUGCUUCUGAAGUCUUGGAAAUCCUGCAUUCAUUCUUGAAGAUACCUUGAAAUGUGUUAUCUUGAAAUGUGUUUUCUUGUAAGAGCUGCUUUGUAUGCAAAGUUGGUCGUCUUAAGCUCUGACUAUGCCUAGCAGUGGCAAAACAGGUUUAAUAUUAGUUAGGUUGUUUAAUGGUUGAAAACUGUUUUAUGUUUAGCUGCUGACCUUUGCAUCUGUAUAUCAGCACCAGCCUUUUUUAGCUUACAAAAAUAAUUUAUAUUUUUGAAAGGUCUCCGUAACAGUUGACUUAGAUGUGUUUAGCUUUGAUACUUAGUUUGUGACAUAAUGCAGUAUAUCGAGCUGGCUGUGAGGCACACAGAACCAGAAUGAUUAAUAACUGCAGUAGUGGUAUCGUAUUCAGACAGUUCUGUUACAUGAUUGCAGUAAUUAUGAACAAAACAAUCUGAAGAGGUGGCUUAUAUCCCAAGUUAAGGAAUGUUAAAUGAUUUGUGAUGGUACAUCUGUGUUGUGUACAGGAGAUUCAGUGAGAAGAAUACAUAUUAAUAUUCUCUUAGGUUUCCUCAGUUCUGCUGUGCAGUGCUGUAGAGAAAUAUGGCUGUAUAGGCAGGUAUGUACAUGUUCAUGCAUAUAUACACAUGCAAACUGUAUUUUCACGUAUACUGUGGAUGGACUGAGUGUAUAAAGCAUCGAUUUGUCAGUGCUUGGCUUUUGCCUCUGAAUAAAUCAUGUAACAGUAUAUCUGUUUGGUUGGAUGCCUGUGUUAGAAUAGAAUGGAGUCCUCCUGUGCCACUCUUAGCAAAGAAAUUAAGUCGUUUCCCUGACUGAAGCUUAUAGUGAAUUUUUAAGGAAUGCUGUUGUCAAGAGUGGAGAUUUUUUUGGGGGUGUAUGGCACAUGUCUCAAGUUUGCGUGAUUGUGUACAUAUGGAUGUCAUAUUUUGUGUGUACGUAUUUGUGUACAUGCAUGUACAAUCAAUCCCAAUCAAAACCAAGACUACUGCAGUUUUUUUUCUUCUUGAAAACAGAAGGACAUUGGCUCAUAAAUACUGGAAAAAAAUAGUUAAAAUGAUUAUUGAUUCAGCACCUCAUUAACAAAGGUGAGAAGAAUGUUGAUGAUGUGAGGUCUUCUGUCAGAAGUUCCAUUGGAAAUGCAGUAGUUCUACUUCAGUUUCUCUAGUAAUUCUGUUGUGGCAAGCUGAAAAAUGCUUGUUACCAUUAUGAGUAAACUACCUUUUGUCACUGGAAUGAAUUUUGUUUUUAAUGCUUUUAUUCUUUGCUCACCUUGUUAUAUUGAUGGGCUUUAACUCUUCACAGCAGUCCUGUCAUAGACUGCUUAAUGUCUGUCCCCACUCAGCUGUAUAUUUACUGGGAGCCUCCUGGACCUAGUAUCUAAAGCAGUGAGAUGGCAAUGUUCAAAACCACGGAAGCUAAAUUGUAGAAAAAUCUUUGUUGCUUAAAAACAGAUGCUGAUUGUAAACAGUAGCUUUAGUUCUUUAGACUCCUGUGACCGAGAAGAAAAAUGGUUGGGGCAGUUUGCCCUCAAAUAGAAUCUCGCUGCUGUUCCUGCUGCUGAAGCAAAUAAAUGCAUGAAGUACUCUUCUCCUUUGAUACAUGAAUUUCCACAGUUAUCCUCUCCUUUACUUUGUGAGGAAAAAUGUUUGAGGCCCCAGUAGUAUUAAAUUUUCAGCAGUCUGUCUGAAAGCUUAAGACUGUAUGAAGCAUAUGCAACUUGAGGCAGAGAAGUCACUAAUGUAUGCAGAUGAUGAGACUGUGUUCCUUUGAAAAAAAACUAACAGCAUCUGCCCCAGAAACAUUAAAUGUAAUAUCUGAAUUUGGAGUCAUCUCAGGCGACUGGAUGAAAUAACAAUACCCUUGUCAAAACGCUUUUCAUCAGUUUUAUUUGCCCUGUGGAAAUUGAAAUGGAAAGCCUAGAAUGUAACAUUCAGGAAUGGAAUUAAAAUAUGUGAUUAAACUGAAUAGUUGAGGAAAACGUGGGCUAGGUAAUCACACAAUGAAUAAAGGAAUGCUUGAAAACUGAA